AUGCCGAGAAUAAUGAUCAAGGGUGGUGUGUGGCGCAACACGGAAGUAAGUAUAUCUACGAUUUCCAUAAUUUGCAUCACCGACACCGGCAAACGCUUUUCAUUACAGGAUGAGAUCCUCAAGGCGGCUGUGAUGAAAUAUGGCAAAAACCAAUGGAGCCGAAUCGCAUCAUUGCUACACAGAAAGUCCGCGAAGCAGUGCAAGGCCCGCUGGUACGAAUGGCUGGACCCGAGCAUCAAAAAGACGGAGUGGUCGCGGGAGGAGGACGAGAAGCUGCUCCAUUUGGCAAAAUUAAUGCCCACCCAGUGGCGCACCAUUGCCCCGAUCAUUGGCCGCACAGCUGCACAGUGUCUCGAACGCUACGAACAUUUGCUGGACCAAGCCCAACGCAAAGAAGAUGGCGAAGACGCAAUGGACGACCCGCGAAAGCUCAAGCCGGGAGAGAUCGAUCCCAACCCGGAGACAAAACCCGCUCGACCCGAUCCCAAGGACAUGGACGAGGACGAGUUGGAAAUGCUUUCAGAAGCCAGAGCCCGUCUGGCCAACACCCAGGGCAAGAAAGCCAAACGAAAGGCGCGUGAGAAGCAGUUGGAGGAAGCCCGCCGCCUGGCGACACUGCAAAAGAGACGAGAAUUGCGUGCAGCGGGUAUUGGAAGUGGAAAUCGGAAGCGCAUCAAAGGAAUCGAUUACAAUGCCGAGAUACCCUUUGAGAAGCGUCCUGCACUCGGUUUCUAUGACACUGCCGAAGAGCACUUGCAGAAGAACGAGCCAGACUUUAACAAAAUGAGGCAACAAGAUUUGGAUGGCGAACUGCGCUCCGAAAAGGAGGAGCGUGAGCGGAAGCGCGACAAGCAAAAGCUUAAGCAGCGCAAGGAAAACGAAGUACCGGCAGCCAUGCUGCAGAAUAUGGAGCCGGAGCGAAAACGCUCCAAGCUGGUUUUACCGACGCCGCAGAUUUCAGAUUUGGAAUUGCAGCAAGUCGUGAAGCUGGGUCGGGCCAGCGAAGUUGCCAAGGAGAUAGCCGGCGAGAGUGGCAUUGAGAUGACAGAUUCUUUGCUGGCAGAUUACUCAAUUACUCCACAAGUGGCCGCUACUCCGCGGACACCAGCUCCGUAUACAGAUCGCAUUAUGCAAGAGGCCCAAAAUCUGAUGGCACUCACCCACACCGAGACCCCACUAAAGGGGGGCUUGAACACGCCUCUUCAUGAGUCGGAUUUCUCUGGGGUUUUGCCAAAAGGUGCUGCCAUUGCUACACCAAACACAGUGAUUGCCACGCCGUUUAGAACACAACGGGAGGGUGGAGGAGGAGCCACUCCUGGGGGUUUUCUCACACCAAGCACUGGGGCUCUGGUUCCUGCCAAAGAGGGAUCUGGCGGCGCUGUAACUAACACGCCCGCUUUUGUAAGGGAUAAGCUCAGUAUUAACCCGGAGAAUAGUAUGGCAGUGACGGAAACUCCCGCCAUGUACAAGAACUAUCAGAAGCAGCUAAAGUCGUCGUUACGAGAGGGACUUUCUACUCUGCCCGCUCCCAGGAACGACUACGAAAUCGUUGUCCCAGAACAAGAAGACAACGAGCCAAUGGAUGCUAGUUCAGAGCCCGCUGUAGAGGAUCAGGCUGAUGUUGAUGCAAGAAUCCUGGCAGACCAAGAAGCGCGCAGGAAAAUCGAGCUUGAGAAACGGUCCCAGGUUAUCCAACGCAGUCUACCCCGCCCCACGGAGGUCAACACAAAGAUCCUGCGACCCCAAUCAGAGAAACAGAACCUUUCAGAGCAGCAACAGGCAGAGGAGCUAAUAAAGCAUGAAAUGAUCACCAUGCAGCUUUACGAUUCUGUUAAAGACCCGGUGCCCGGCCAAUCCCAACAAAAGCUCGAGCAGCUCCAGAGCUACUUUAAAGCGAAUCCCUACGAGGAAAUCACAAAGGCCGAGCUGGCGGUUGCCAAGCAGAUGUUGGCCGACGAGAUGGAGGUCGUGAAAGAGCGCAUGGGUCACGGGGAACUUCCCCUAGAUGUCUACGCCCAGGUGUGGCAGGAAUGUUUGGGCCAAGUGCUGUACUUGCCAUCACAGCAUCGCUACACUCGCGCCAACCUGGCCAGUAAGAAGGACCGACUGGAGUCGGCUGAGAAGAGAUUGGAGCAGAACCGCCGGCACAUGGCUAAGGAGGCCAAGCGCUGCGGCAAGAUCGAGAAAAAGCUUAAAAUCCUAACCGGCGGCUACCAGGCACGAGCUCAGGUCCUCACAAAGCAGCUACAGGACACUUACGCCCAGAUCGAGCAGAAUUCGGUUUCGCUGUCGACAUUCCGCUUUCUGGGCGAACAAGAGGCCAUUGCUGUGCCACGUCGUCUGGAGUCACUGCAGGAAGAUGUACGCCGCCAGAUGGAUAGGGAGAAGGAGCUGCAGAGAAAGUACUCUAGCCUGGUGGAAGAAAGUGAGACUCUUUACAAACAGAUCGAACAGAUAACUGGGGUACGGCCAACUCCGAUUAUUCCCGAACAGUCAGCCUAAUGCGGUUAACAACCAACCAAUCUUGUAACUUAUAAUUUAGACUAUAUUCAAAAUAUAACAUGUUAUUCCAAAUGUA